GACCCAUGCGUUACUCAAUCAUCAAUCCUCCUGACCGCCGCUUCGCUUCCCGAGGCACAAACCACCCAGAGUUUCAGACACAAAGAUCGAGGAAAAAAGUAACAGAAUUGAACGAAUCUGGUGAAUAUUAGGGUAAAUAAUUUGGGGGAGGGAGUGAGAUCGAUCGAAACGGUGCGCUGCAUGAGAAGGAAGAAGGAGCCGGAGGAGGAGGAGGAGGAAGAACAAGAGAGAGCGUGAGGGAGAUCGAAACAUGUCUGCCGUAGUGUGCGGGAAGAGAUCAUCGAUAUUCGAAGAGCAGCUGCCGUCCUCUACUUCUCCUCCUGUUUCCUCUAAGAGAAUCCGCUUUUCUUCUUCUUCGUCUCCGGUUCGCUUCACCACGACGUCGUUUGCUGCUUCUUCUUACUCUUCGUCGCCGCUUCUCGACCAGCUCACGGCCGUUUUCCCGGAUAUGGAUAAUCAGCUUCUGGAGAAAGCACUUGAAGAAUGCGGUGAUGAUUUGGAUUCAGCUAUCAGAAGUUUGAAUGAGCUGCGCUUGAGUUCUGCUGCAAAUAAAGCUAGAGUAGCGUCAGAAGCAAAUGCGCAAACCCAGGCACAAGGUGCAGUAGCGGCAAAUGGAGAAAGUUCCGGUAACGAUGAUCUAUCAGGUCAAAAUAACCUGCCCUCGCAAGGAGCCGACUGGGUGGAGCUCUUUGUUAGAGAGAUGAUGAGUGCCUCCAAUAUGGAUGAUGCUAAAGCUCGUGCCUCAAGAGUGCUUGAGGUCUUGGAGAAAUCCAUCUGUUCACGUGCAUCCACAGAGGCAGCCCAAAGCUUUCACCAGGAAAAUAUGAUGCUGAAGGAACAAAUGGAAGCUCUUAUUCAGGAAAACACAAUCCUGAAGCGAACUGUAUCCACUCAGCAUGAACGUCAAAAAGAGUGUGAAGAUAGAGGGCAGGAACUGCAGCAUCUUAAGCAACUGGUGGCCCAGUACCAGGAACAACUGAGAACUCUUGAGGUGAACAACUAUGCACUUACGAUGCACCUGAAGCAAGCUCAGCAAAGCAGCUCCAUUCCAGGGCGGUUUCACCCUGAUGUGUUCUAGACAGGAAAAAAAGAUGAUUUGAAAUUUCUUUGAGAAUAGAUUAUAUGCUUUGGUAUGGUGCUGUAACUUAUAUGAAGGCGCUUCAUUAUGCCGUGUUAUCUGGACAACGGCUAUGUAUCGGCUUUCUUCUCUACUGAUGAAGACACGGAUAGAGUUCCAAUCAAACACAUCGUCAAGAAUUUGUUCGCGUUGCCAUUUAUAUUUGGAGUUGUUUUCUAGUUUAGAGUGAUAUUUGUAAUUCAAUUGUAUCCCCUCUAUACUUAAAUGAAGAGAAUAUAUGCUUUCAGUUCUUGUCAAUAUUGUUGAAUGUCUCUGGUCGAACUCUUGUACAUUCCAAGUCUCCUCGUCAAUGCAUCAUUACCAACCUCUC